CAGCCUGCGCCUCCUCGCAGCUCCAUUUUCUCUUUCCCAGGUUUUGUGAGGGAGCACGGAGUAACCGCGGGCCUUCUUGCACCCGAGACAGCUGCGAUUUUAUUACAUUUUGGAAGCAAGGAUGCCUGGGAAAAGGCCCCUAAGUGCAGCGGUCAUCCCGAGUGCCAAAAGGGAACGGAAAGCAAUUACCCUCGACGUAAAAUUACAAGUGUUAAGACGAUUAGAAGCAGGUGAAAAGCUCAGCCAACUCGCAAAGGCCUUAGGCCUUGCCGUCUCUACAGUGGCAACAAUCAGAGAUAAAGAAAAAAUCAAAGCAAGUUCACAAAUAGCUACUCCCUUGAGAGCCACUCGACUGACUCGCCAUCGAAGCACAGUCAUGGAAACCAUGGAGCAAUUGUUGCGUGUGUGGCUCGAAGACCAGAGCCAGCGAAAUGUGCCCCUGAGUGUCACCAUCAUUCAGGAGAAAGCUAAGAGUUUGUUUGAUGACUUACAGCGUGAACAAGGUGUAAGCUCUGGAACAAAAACCUUCAGUGCAAGUAAAGGGUGGUUUGUGAGAUUCAAGGAGCGCCAUUGUUUGCCCCACUUCAAGAUGAACAACACAGCUCCUGGCCACAAGGCCGUGUAUCCAGAAGUGCUGAGAGGCAUCAUUGAAGAAGGUGAGUACACCCCCCAGCAAGUUUUUAACAUAGAUGAGACAGGGCUUUAUUGGAAGAGAAUGCCUGAAGGAACAUUUAUUUCCAUGGAAGAGAAAGCUGAGCCAGGGUUUAAGUCAUCCAAAGAUCGCUUGAUGCUGCUUCUUGGUGGCAAUGCAGCUGGGGACUUUUAAGUUGAAGCCUUUAUUGGUGUACCACUUGGAAAACCCCAGGGCUCUGAAGGGGUACUCCAAGCCCAAUUUGCCUGUGAUUUGGUGCUCCAACAAAAAGGCCUGGGCAACCAGGAGCAUCUUUCAUGAAUGGUUCACAUACUUUUUUUGCCCUGCUGUUGAAAAAUACUGUGCCCAAAAUAAUCUCACCAACAAAGCAUUGCUUAUCCUAGACAAUGCGCCAUGCCAUCCAGUAAAUUUGAGUGAUCUGGCUGAUAACGUAAGAGUGGAAUAUCUUCAUGACAAUACAGCUGACUUGAUCCAGCCCAUGAGUCAAGGGGUAGCCUCUGCCUUCAAAGCUCAUUACUUGAGAAGGACUUUUGAGCACAUCCUAGAAGCAACAGAUGGGGAGGAUACAGCUAUGAUCAGGGAGUUUUGGAGAAACUACAACAUCAUGGAUGCUGUGGACAGCAUUGCAGUACCUUGGGAGGAGCUCAGACCAGCAACAAUGAACAGUGUAUGGAAGAAGAUUUGGCCCGAGUGUGUUCAGUUCCAGAGUGUUUGCCAAACAGAUAACAUUGCACAGCUUCAACAAAAAAUUGUUAACCUUGCCAAGAACCUGGCUUUUGGAGAGGUUGUAGAAGCUGAUGUGGACCAGUUGCUGCGGUCCCAUGAGGAAGCUCUCUCAAAUGAGGAGCUGAUGCAGCUGGAACAGGAGCCAGCAGGAGAGGAGGAGAGUGAAGAUGCACCACCCUCCCUGCGUCAACUAACCACAGGAGCACUGUCAGCUGCCUUCUCACAUUUCGAGGCUGGCUUGCAGGUCCUUACCAGUAACAGCCCUAAUGCUGAGUGGAAAGUGAAAGUUUCAAGAGUAAUCAAUGAUGCAAUCAGCUGCUACAGGGAAUUGUAACAUGAGAAGAGGCAGCGCUCAAAGCAACUAUCUUAGGUCGUUUUUAAGUGUUGUAACCAAAAGUCAAAGUAAAGCCAGAAGCAACAAGAUGACCUCAGCGAUGAGGCCCAGCCAGACCUCUCUGCUUCCAGAUCCUUAACUUCCCAGGAAGCCCUGUUUCUGGUAUUUGCGUUUUGACACUUGAGAGUAUCAAAUUUUGGCAUUAAAAUUUUAUUUAAAUAUGUGCUUUAAAAAGAUUGCAUGCAAGAAUACCCAGAAAAACAUUUCUUUAAGA